AUGAGGAGACAUCGGUUGUUACCGCUCUGUGCCCUCCUGGGUGUCCUGUUUGCAGGACUCCUCCCAAAACUUGAUGCUCAGGAAGAUCUAAAGUGCCAAAAACGUUGGUACCAAACACGAAGCAUCUUUUUCACUGGUUUCAAUUCUGUCCUCCAAACACUCUCUUUUGAAGAUUGCGCACAUGGGUUGCCAGCUGAUAUAUACUUUCUAGUGGAUUCAUCAUGGAGUAUCGGACAGGAGAACUAUGAGCAUGUCAGACAUUUUUUAUACAGCUUGAUUGAAUCGAUGCACCAGGUUGGAGGGGACAGGUUUAAAUUUGCCCUUGUGCAGUACAAUACAAGGCCUGAGACUGAGUUCCAGCUCAACAGCUAUGCAACAACACAGGAAGUCCUGGCACACGUCAAGGCCAUGUCCUAUCGUGGUGGGGGCACCCGGACUGGCCUGGGUCUGGAAUUCCUGAUUCGUACCCACUUGAGCACUGCAGCAGGCAGCCGUGCUGCUGAAGGAGUGGCGCAGGUCGUGGUGGUGUUAACAGAUGGGAGAUCCCAGGAUGACGUGUCCGAGCCAGCUCAGGUGCUGCAGCUGGCAGGCGUGGAUGUGUUUGCAGUUGGAGUUCAGGAUGCAGUGGAAUCGGAGCUCAGGGAGAUGGCUAGUCAACCACAUGACAUUCACGUGUUCAGUGUAGACUCUUUUCUCUCCUUGCGGAAAAUAAUCCAAGAUUUAGUAGUGGGGCUUUGCGGCGCAGUGACCCGGUCAUGGGGGGCUCCUGUGGCAAAUGAGGCCCCUAUGGCUGGAGGAGGGACAGCACAAGAUUCAGCUGACCUAGUAUUCUUAAUUGAUGGAUCACAGAAUGUUGGAGCAGCAAACUUCCCCUUUGUGCGUGAUUUGGUUUUGAGAAUCAUUGAGAACCUUGAUGUGGGCAGGGACACUGUUCGUGUUGCCUUGGCCUUUUACAACUCCUCUCCAGAGAUAAAGUUCUAUCUAAAUAGCUAUGACAGCAAAUCGUCAGUCCUGGAAGCUGUGAAGGGACUCACCUACUCAGGGGGCGACGACUCUAACCUGGGGGCCGCCUUGGAGGAAGUGGCCACUAGCCUUUUGAGCCAGACAGCCGGGGGAAGGGCAGAUGAGGGUGUGCCCCAGAUGCUGUUGGUUAUCAGUGCUGGGCCUACCACUGAUGAUACUGGUGCUGGUGACCGGGCCCUUAAGAGGGCUGGUGUUAUCACAUUUGGCCUGGUGAUUGGUGACACUGCCACUGAAGAUCUUGAAGCAGUUGCUACAGACAAAAGUUUUGUCAUGUCAGCCCUUGAUUUCAGAGCAGUGGCAGACAUGGGUGAACAGCUGCUCCCAUACAUUAAAGGAGUGGUCCAGCGCACCGUUAUUGUUAACACUGAGUUCACAGAAGUCUUGGCAGUUGGAAAACGAGACAUCAUUUUCCUCAUUGAUAGUACAAUGGGUGCAACUCUCAUCAACUCCAUACGUGAAUUCAUCAAAAAGUUUGUUGACACCAUGCCUAUUGGUCCAGAUGAAGUACAAGUGGGUAUAGCCCAAUUCAGCAGUUCCCCCCGACUUGAGAUGGAUCUCAAUACCUAUAGAUCCAGGGAAGACUUGGCUGCUGCACUGGGCACUAUCAAACCAAGACCCGGACAGACGGUCAAUAUUGGAGCAGCCUUGGACUUUGUACGGACAAAUAUGCUACGGCCUGAUAAGGGAAGUCGUCUUCAGCAGGGGGUACCCCAGGUUUUACUGUUGUUGACCAGUAAAAAAUCCAGUGACAGUGUGAUAGAACCUGCUAGGGCUCUGCAACAAAUGGGUGUAUUAACUAUGGCUGCAGGCUCCAAAUCAGCUGAUGAGCAGGAGCUAAAACAGAUUGCCUUUGCGGACAGUGUUGUGUUCGUUCUGAGGGACUUCCGUGGAAUGACUCGCAAUCCACAGCCAAUUGUUAAUGCACUUUCCACUCUAGCUGGUGUCGUGGUUACUGAAAUACCCACUGAACCAGUGGUGGAGAUAACUACAGUGGAGACCCAAAAAGUGGUCCGAGACAUUGUCUUCCUUGUCGAUGGCUCAAACUACAUUGGCAGUGCUAACUGGCCCUAUGUGAGAGACUUCAUCAUCAACGUGGUCAACCAGCUAGAUGUACGUCCUGAGAGGGUCCAGAUUGGUCUUGUACAGUUUGCUCAAGAUCCAAGAAUUGAAUUUUAUUUGAACAGCUACAGCAAUAGGCAAGAUGUUGUGAACAAAAUCUCUCAACUCAGGCUGACUGGAGGCUCAGUUCUGAAUACAGGAGCAGCCAUGAGACAUACCCUUUCCAAAAUGUUCCAGCCAUCAACAGGGUCACGUAGAAGGCAGGGAGUCCAGCAGGUGUUGGUUCUAAUCACAGGGGGUCCUUCCCAAGAUGAGAUUAAAAGUGUAGCUGAUCAGUUGGCUCUGGGUGGCGUUUUGACCUUUACAGUCAGCUCUGGGCAAGCAGAUAGCGAACUUCUGAGAACAGUCGCCUUUGUUCCAGAUUUGGCUUUCCAUGAAAGCAGCUUCUCUCAAAUACCAGCUAUGGCUGAAAUAAUCAUGCCAAAAUUAAUAACAGUGGUUGGCGAUACAGAUAUAUCAUACAUCCCAGAGGAAAUUGAAGAAACUGUUGUUUCAGGAAAUGAGAGGGAUGUUGCCUUCCUCAUAGAUGGAACAGACAAUGUGCGAGCAUAUUUUCCCUAUGUCCGGGAUUUUAUCGCCAAAGUAAUUGAACCACUUGACAUUGGGAUCGACAAAGUGCGGGUUGCAGUGGUUCAACACAGUGAGAGGCCAGUACCAAAUUUCUACCUUAACACUUUUAAAACCAAAGAUGAGGUGAUGAGAGCUGUCAAUACAAUGACACCUGCUGGGGGACGUAGUCUGAACACAGGAUCUGCUCUAAGAUUCAUGAAGGACACAAUCUUGGCUGGACAGCGUGGUAGCCGGGCAGCAGAAAAUGUCCCACAAUAUCUGAUUGUUUUGACUGGAGGCAAAUCCAGAGAUAGUGUGAAGGAAUCUGCUGGUGCACUGAAGACAGGGGGAGUCGUACCAUUUGGUGUUGGUGUCAGGGAUGCAGACCCAAGACAGAUUGAGGCCAUUUCACACAACCCUUCCUUUGCCUUCAAUGUGAGAGAAUUCAGUGACCUUAACACUGUACCACAAAAGCUCAAUACCUAUGUGAGUCUUCCAAAGGAACAGCUAUCUAUAGUUCUUCAGCAAGGUGAUGCUGUUAAAAGAGAUUUUGUGUUCCUACUGGAUGGCUCUGAUAACACAAUACAUGGAUUCCAAGAGAUGAAACUCUUUGUCAAGAGAAUAGUGGAGAACCUCUCUGUCAGCAUGGGUCAGGACAGAGUAUCUGUGGUUCAGUUUGCUGAUAAUCCUGAAGUCAGCUUUUAUCUAAAUUCUCAUAAGACAAAGAAUGACCUUGUGAAUGCCAUACAAAAUUUGAGGCACAAGGGAGGAACGCAUCAUAAUAUUGGGGAAGCUCUCCGAUUUGUGAGACACAGUGUUUUCACUUCUUCCUUGGGAAGUAGAAGACUAGAAGGAGUUCCCCAGAUUUUAAUUCUUCUAAGUAGCAAACCAUCUACUGAUAAUGUACAGAGCCAAGCAUUUGCUCUCAAAGAGCAUGACAUCAUUUCAGUGGGAGUUGGAGUGGGUGAUGCCAGCCUUUCAGAGUUGGAAAUGAUUGCCUUCAAACCUGGUUUUGUGUACAAGGUUGCAGAUUUCUCCAAGUUGUCCUCAAUCCUGUCACAGCUUGUUAUUACAGUGAACAUGCACAAAAAAAACGAGGAAACAGUGACUGAAACCUCUGAUUUAGUAGUCCAUAAAUUUUCUUUCUGUCUGUACAUGUAUCACCUUGUUGAUGCAGAGAGCAAAAAGAGGGACAUAGUGUUUCUCCUCGAUGGGUCAGAUAACUCCAGAAAUGCACUCCCUGCUAUUCGUGAGUUUAUCAGAAGAAUGGCAGAAGAGCUUGUCACUGAUGAAGAUGAGGUUCGAAUAGCAGUUGUGCUGUAUAGUGAUGAUACCUCAGUUUACUUCAACUUGAAAACUCACAGAUCCAAAAAGGCUGUCAUCUAUGCAGUGAGAAGUCUUCGCCAUAAAGGAGGAAGACGUCGGAACACUGGGGCUGCUCUUCAGUAUGUGCGAAACCAUGUUUUUACAGACUCAUCUGGGAGUAGACAACUAGAGGGUGUCCCUCAGAUUCUGCUUUUACUGACUGGAGGCAAAUCCAAUGAUGAUGUUAGCAGAGCUGCUUUAGAGCUUAAACAAAUCAGUGUCUUAACUAUUGCCAUUGGAAUGAAAAAUGCAAAACAGGAGGAGCUUCAACAAAUUGCCCUCUCAUCCACAUUCCUUUUCAAUCUGCCUGUCUUUGGUGAACUUCUGUCCAUUCAGCCAGAUGUAGCUGCAAUUGUCCAGUCAAAAAUACAAAUUGAACCACGUACCGUUGUAGGUAAGAUGUGUUUCUAA